AUGUCUGCUGUCACUCCCGAGCCGGGCCUAGAUGCCCUCAAGCUCACUGAGGAGAAGAACGGCACAUCCACAGCGAACGGAAAUGGCGACCUAGAAGCGGGCGACUCCGAUGACGAUGAGGCCGACGAACAACAGGAGGGAGGUGAAGGGGCAGGAGAGGGCGCAGGAAAGAAAAAGAAGAAGAGAAAGCCACGCAAGAAGAAGAAGGCCGGUACAGGCGCAUCAGGCGGCGGCGCAAAGGCACAGACUGCUCCUCCCACGAGGAAAGUGUCAGACCUCUUCCCAGACAACAGCUACCCUAUUGGCGAGGAGGUCGAUUACAAGAACGACAAUGCAUACCGUACGACAAACGAGGAGAAGCGACAUCUUGACCGCAUGAACUCGGACUUCCUCACAGACUACCGGCAAGCCGCAGAGGUGCAUAGAGAAGUGCGAAAGUAUGCACAGAAGGUCAUCAAGCCUGGCAUGACUCUUACAGAAAUUGCCGAGACAAUCGAGAAUGGUACACGGAGCUUGACUGGACACGCUGGACUCGAGGAGGGCGACAACCUGAUUGCAGGCGUGGCAUUUCCCACAGGACUUUCACUCAACCACUGUGCAGCACAUUACACACCAAAUGCCGGCAACAAGAUGGUCCUGCAGCAAGCCGACGUGAUGAAGGUCGACUUCGGUGUACACGUCAACGGGCGAAUCGUAGACAGUGCAUUCACAAUGGCUUUCGAACCACAAUACGACAACCUCCUUGCAUCAGUCAAAGAUGCCACAAACACCGGCAUUAGGCUAGCAGGUAUCGAUGCACGGAUGAGUGAGAUCGGAGAAGGCAUUCAGGAAGCUAUGGAGAGCUACGAGGUCGAGAUCAACGGACAGACGUACCCGGUCAAGGCCAUAAGAAACCUCAAUGGACACACCAUCGGCCACUUCAGCAUCCACGGCGGCAGUGCGGGCAAGAGCGUGCCGAUCGUAAAGGGCGGCUCGAACGAGAAGAUGGAGGAAGGCGAGACCUACGCCAUCGAGACUUUCGGGUCGACAGGCAAGGGUGUUGUUCGCGAUGACAUGGAGACAUCACAUUACGCCCGCAUGCCAGACGCACCAAAGGUCGCGCUACGCGUGGCGAGUGCGAAGACAUUACUCAAGUCGAUUGACAAAAACUUUGGCACGUUACCUUUCUGCCGGAGAUACUUGGAUCGCUUGGGACAUGAGAAGUACCUACUGGGCUUGAACAACUUGGUCCAGAGCGGUAUUGUGCAGGAUUACCCGCCGCUUUGUGAUAUCAAGGGAAGCUAUACUGCGCAAUAUGAGCACACGAUUCUCCUCAGGCCGAAUGUGAAGGAGGUCGUGAGUCGUGGCGAGGACUACUAG